GCGGGAUAUAUCAAGCAGCGCGUGAAGCGCAAGGAUCUCACUGACAGCUUUCAUCUCUGACUGAAAAUACCAAAGGAAUUCGACCGCUGCCCCCGAAAUCUCGCUUUCAUGACUCGAAUCUUAUUUUUUUGUAAAGUUUAAGUGCGUCAUACGCCUCUUAACAAAUGUUUUAGUUUAUUUUCUACAGAAAUAACGAUCGUUUGUUAUCUGAGGCGAACUGACGCACGCGCGAGUUUAUCAGGAGGCGUCAAAUGCGAGCGUCGUUUAUUCUCGAGGCGUCAAAUGCGAGCGUCGUAUAGUUGGAUUUCGCACUUGAGCGCACAGUUUUGCGGUACUAUUAUAUUAUGGUGAUCCGUGGAAGCAUGUGAAGCUGUCAUAUUCCAGGAAUGGAUCUCCAAAAGGUGCCCAAAAACUACAGGUUUCGCAUUAAACUGCAGACUCUAUCUUCAUAAGCCUUUUCCCGGUGAAUAAACACUACAGAACACUGCCAAAAUGGACACGAAAUGGACGUUUAUGCACAAUUCCAACAUGUCCCUCCCUGACCGCCUGCUCAAUGAUAGUUUCUUCCCCGGGAACGAGUCUGACUUUGGCCUGGAGAUUUACCCUCACAAUAGCACCCACCCUGGCUUCGACCAAACCAGCUCGGCAGUCAUCACGUUUGUGUACUUCGUCGUCUGCGCGGUGGGGCUCUGUGGGAACGCCCUGGUCAUUUACGUCAUCCUGCGCUACGCCAAGAUGAAGACCGUCACGAACAUCUACAUUCUGAACCUGGCCGUGGCGGAUGUCCUGUGCAUGCUGAGCUUGCCUUUCAUCGCCAUUCAGCUCUCGCUGCUCCACUGGCCCUUUGGAUCGGCGAUAUGCCGCGUCGUCCUAACCGUGGACUCCAUGAACCAGUUCACCAGCAUCUUCUUUCUGACGGUCAUGAGCUUCGAUCGAUACUUGGCCGUGGUGCAUCCGAUCAAAUCCACCAAAUGGCGAAAGCCGCGCAUGGCCAAAACCAUCAGUCUGGCCAUGUGGGGCGUCUCUCUGCUGGUUAACCUGCCAAUUAUGAUCUACAGCGGUGUGAACACUAAAAGGAACGAGGCCCGGACUUGUACCAUGUUGUGGCCGGAGCCACAGAACACCUACUACACCGCUUUCAUCUUCUACACCUUCUUCUUGGGGUUUUUCUUACCACUGAUAGUCAUCUCCAUGUGCUACCUGCUGAUCGUCAUAAAGGUGAAAUCCUCCGGCAUGCGAGUCGGCUCCACCAAACGAAAGCGCUCUGAGCGGAAAGUCACCCGUAUGGUGUCUAUCGUAGUAGUUGUGUUCAUCUUAUGCUGGUUACCUUUCUACGUAUUCAACGUGACCUCUGUGACCGGAACCGUUCCCACCACAACUGUGCUGAAGAGCACCUUUGACUUCGUGGUGGUGCUGGGUUAUGCCAACAGCUGCGCCAACCCCAUCCUCUACGCCUUCUUGUCGGACAACUUCAAGAAGAGCUUCCAAAACGUCCUGUGUCUUAAAAGAGUCGGCGGCUUGGAUGAGAUCGAGCGCAGCGACAGUCGACAGGACAGGACUCGAAUGGUUAACGACGUCAUGACGGAAACGCAUAACGCUGCGCUGCUCAACGGAGACCUUCAAACCAGCAUCUGAGGAGAUAAAAGUCUGCUGAGAUUAGAUGUUACAUGAAAGUGGUCCACUGAAAGUCUCAGAUUACAUGCGCUGGGAGAGAUUUAGUAUUUAAGAACAACAAUAAAUACCUAAACGCAACCCAAACCACAUUUUUUGGGUGAGCUCGAUCUGACUGAUCUGAUGUAUUUAAGCGAUGAGCAAACGAAUGUCAUUUACUUUAAAUAACUCUCGUUGCUUUGUUCGGUGUUACUGUCUGAAGAAAUUCUAAAGCUGUUGUGUUAUUAUGAGUGUAUGUUCAGUGCCAAAAUUGUCUUUAAAGUUCAAAGACAAGUCAUGGCCUUCACUGGAUAAACAUGAUUUCAUUCUGUUUGUGGAAACGGCUUGUUAGAUGCUUCUUAUUAUUCAAGGCUUUUUGUGACGAUGAAUACAAGACGAGUACUCGACAAGGCCACAUCGCUGAAUAGAAAAGGUCUCCGAAAUCUAAACAAAGAUGUACAUUUCUGUGGCAUAUUUAUUUGUUGUUAUACUUAGAAUAUCUUGUUUACAUAUAUUGUAAUAUUUCGCCUGUUUGGUAUUAUUU